AUGGAGCUCAGCAAAGAUGCUUCUGGCUCAAAGAACCCCGAGAAGAAAAUUUCCGAUUUUGAUGCAUUCAAGUCAAGCCCCGAGAAAGAUUUAAACACCGCUAAAUCCUCAAGCAUACCGAGAAUGGAGUGCCGAGACCCAUUUAUGAAGAGAAGCAGAUCAUCUGCAAAAAGCAGAACUGACAUGGCUGAAAAAGAAAGUAGCAAUCCACCCCUUUCCCUGGCGCUGCUGGAUCCAGAUGUUCUGGAGUGUCCCAUUUGUUGCUUGCCCCUGAAGAUUCCUAUAUUUCAGUGUACUAAUGGACAUCUAGCUUGUUCGUCCUGCUGUGACACAAUUCAGGGAAUAUGCCCAUCCUGUAGAGGGGAAGGGUACAAUCGUUGCAGAGCCAUGGAGAGAGUCAUUAAAGCCACUAGAGUGUCGUGUCCAAACGCCAAAUACGGGUGCAAAGAGACUGUCUCCUAUGAAAAUCCCUCCAUCCAUGAGAACCAGUGUGUUUUUGCUCCAUGUUCCUGCCCUGUUCGUGACUGCAACUAUACUGGCUCAGACAAGGAUCUCUACAACCACGUCCGUGCUAAACACAAGGAAGACCUGAAUCUGAUUGUGUGGGAUACUCCUUCAAAUGUUGUCUUGGGCUCGGAUGAGAAGAUUAUCUUUUUUCAAGAAGAGAAAGAUAGGGAACUGUUUGUAGUUCAAGCUUUUCGCAGAUCGGAUGGUUUGGCUGUAAGCGUGAGCUGCAUUGCAACUUUGUCCCCGAGACUUAGCAGAUUUUCUUGCUGUCUGAAGUUUGCAACCUGGAAUAUCACAUUGAAGCAGGCAUUUAUGCUAAGGGAAAUUCAGAAAGUGAGUGAAGUGCCCGAAUACGUUUUCAUGUUAGUUCCCUCACAUUUGUUGCCUAGUGACGAGAACGUUACUAUGAGCAUUUGUUUCAGCCGCGGCCUGGGAUCCCCGGAAGUGGCAACGGUUUCCCUCCAUUCUGAAAAUGCAAAAAAAUCCGUCAAAGAAGAAUCUGUUGAGGACUCGACCAGAGAUCAUCAUGUUUCCGUGACGCUUCUGGAUCAAGAUGUUCUUGAAUGCCCCAUUUGCUGCGAACCCUUGAAGAUUCCUAUAUUUCAGUGUGAUAAUGGUCAUCUAGCUUGUUCUUUGUGCUGCAACAAAGUUAAGAACAUAUGCCCUUCCUGUACAUUACCGAUUGGGUACAGUCGUUGCAGAGCCAUGGAGAAAGUUAUAGAAGCAACUAGAGUGUCAUGCCCACACGCCAAAUACGGAUGUAAAGAGAAUAUCUCAUACGGAAACCAAUCAAGCCAUGAGAAGCUCUGUGUUUUCACCCCUUGUUCCUGCCCCAUGAGUGACUGCAACUAUACCGGCUCAUACAAUGAUCUCAUGAACCACGUCGAUGUUGAACACAAGGAAGACCUGCUUCUUUUUUCAUGGGACACUCCUUUAAAAAUUAAGUUCAACCUCGGUGAGAAGCUUACAAUUCUUAAAGAAAAGAAUCAUGGGAAACUGAUUGUGGUUCAAGGUUCUAAUGGAUCGCAGGGUAUGAUUGUACGUGUGAGCUGCUUUGCACCUUCGGUACCUGAAAGUGAAAGGCUCAGUUUGUUUUGCAGUCUGAAAUUGAAAAGCUUAAAUUACAGAUUGAAACAUGGAUUGAAGGUGACCAAUAUUCAGAAAAUGAGUGAUGAACAACCUGAAUACGGUUUCAUGUUGGUUCCUUCCUAUAUGCUGGGAAGAACAUACAUGGACAUUUGCAUCAGCCAUAGACGUGCCGAAGCUUUUUACUAG